CUGGACUUCACCUCCAUCCAAUCUUCAACCACUCAUACCUGUUGACCUGCCCAUCAAAAAUUACAUAGAAUUACAUCUUUACUUUGAAUACAAGCUCUUAUACUCUGCCAACGGGCCACGAUAAUACAACACACAAUGUCCGCAUCAAUACCAAUGUCUCCACCACCAGGCAAAGACCCGCCGGCUACCUCAUCAUCUACAAACCCAGAUGCGAAAGCAGCUAGCGAAAAAGAAAACAAAUCCCCUUCAGCUGGCCGUAAAUCCUCUACAUCCGCAAAUGUGGACGUAGACUCGAAAGCUAUGCCACCACCCCCCGUUCCCUCCACGAAACCCCGACCUUUAAUAACAACACAACAUCCCUCCUCUUCCAAUAUCCCCUUCUCACCCUUUCUCACACAGUCCACGAGCCAAAAUACCGCGCUACAAGACCAAUCUCAUACCUCGAAUUCACAAUCCCAAGAAGCAGGACAAGAACAGGAUAAAGAUAGAGAGCGAGAACGUCCACCGUUCACACCCUUCUUCACACUAGUCAACGAUCUUAGUGGCGGAGAGCAGAACACAUAUCAUCCUUCACAAGUGCACUACCUAUUUGCAGAUGACGAUGUUAGCGAAGUCCUGACAGGAGCCUUACUUCGCUGCAUGGACCAAGGGGCGGAUCAAGAUCUCGCAGAUGAGGAAGAAGACGAGCAGGACGAUGGCGAAGACGCCACGAGCAGUAGCAGCAGUGCCACAUUCCGGCGUGACGGGACUAGGAUACAAAGUGAGCGAUCUAAGGCCAAACAGAAGAAGAAGGAUCAAGUUGCGAAAGGCAGGCUGAAAGACAGGAAUACUGGACGGGAAGAAAGGGUUAUCAUCGUUGAUGUUAAUGAAUCUGGGGAUGUUAUCACUGGUGUUAGCAGUCUGUCUCCUUCGUGGCAGGUUCUGAAUGCGGAGAUUGGGAAGGCGCCAACCUGGGAUAAGGAUGGAGCGGAGAAUGAAGGUGGGAGGGGGGAGCUCGUUGGUGGCUUGAUGCUGAAGAUUGAGGGUGUGGGCUUGGAUUUUGGUGAACCUCCCAGUAACAGCGGCGGCGGAGGAGGGAUUGGCCUGGGAGCGCCUAGUGGUGGGAGUAAAGGCAAAGGGAAAGAGAAGGAUAGAGAGCGGGAGGGCGGUGGUGAAAAUCAGAGCGGGACUGCGAGUGCAGUGGGUGAUGAAGAAAUGCAGAUCUUGCUGGAAGCCUUCGAUAGGAGGAUGGGUAUGCUGAGACGCAUUGUACAGAGAGGGAGCAGAGAAAAUCUAGCAGAUGUGGAGAGGAGCUGA